AUGGUAAGGAAAGUGGUUGUGAGGCCCAUCGAUGAUGGCCCAAAUUCUGCGAACGAAAAAAUGAAACCAGAAAAUCCCGACUCCCACGAAUGGACAGAAUUUGCUUCCAGUACAACUCUCCACGGACUUAGACACGUCGUCCAUAGAAACCAUUCUCCUUUGAAGCGAACUAUUUGGCUUCUGUUUCUUUUCGCCGCUGCAAGCUUGUUCAUAUUUCUUUCCGUCAUCAGCUUAAGAAAAUUUUUUUCUUUGCCGAUCAAGACAGUAAUUUCACUGGAAACACCGACUAAUGGCUUGACCUUCCCUGCCGUAACCAUUUGUAAUCUGAACAUGUUUAUGCGAUCUAAGAUCGAUGUGGCUGAUGAUGAUGAGAGGUUUUAUCAGAUGGGAUUAAACAUUAGUGGAUGCAGAGAAACUCGCAGUGUUCGCGGAAACCUCACCUGUGGCCAGGCUCUUUUGUGUGCUUAUCAGUGGUUUGGACCGGCUUUGGUAAAAGGCUGCAAUGAGUCAACUCAACAGAAAAUAAUAGACGCUCUGAAUCGGUCAUCAGAACGUUUUUACAAUGAAGAGGAAUUUCUUAUCAGAUAUGGCCAUGAAAUGCGUAGCAUGUUAGUCCUCUACUGCCGUUUCAAAUCUGUAAUCACAUGUUCCGAUAAGGACUUUGUUCCGCACCUGACCCAAGAAGGGCUCUGCUUCACUUUUAACUCAGGUUUAAAUGACAUUCCAUUGCAUCAUACAACUUAUGAAGGUGCUGAUUUUGGUCUUAGCAUUCUACUCGAUGUUCAAACCAACGAGAGCACAUUGAACGAAUUCUCUACUGGUUUGAAAGUGAUUGUGCACGAACAAAAUACAUUUAUCAACCGCUAUGACGGCUUCAAUGUCUUACCUGGCACCCAUGCGUCUGCCUUGAUCAAGCUUACAAAGGUGAGUUACUGACCCUGGGGUACUACUUGGAAUUCUUGAUGGGGCUGUACCGCCCGUUUCUGUAAAUCGUCGCCCUAUUUCAGACCAAAAAAUGUAAUUUUUUUACGUUUUCAGACCAGGCCUUCAAAAUCCAUAGGCAGAAAGUUAUGACAUCAUUCCUUAGUUUAGACAUAUUACUCUUUCUUAUUUAUUUGGAAUGGAAACGACAAAUACGUUCGCACACUCCCGCAGCUCCCUCAGCUCGAAAACCGUACCUGAUUCCAGACCACAGUAGGCAACAUCUACACUCUUUUUCAGACCGAAACGGCCAAAACGGAAAAAAAUUCUCUUUAGUAUUAUUUUUGCAUGGUAAUUUUUGUUGUUCAGCAUUUCGCAAAAUUAAAUUUAAACUGAUUUUGUCGAAUUUUAACUCAGUCGGCCUUUUCUGGUAUAAUGUUUGAAACCUGUUCAGCUCUGUGCGACGUAAUGAACAACUCUGUGAGGUGGAUCACUAUAUAUCAUUAAUUCUCAUAAAGGAAAGACGACUUCCAAUCAAAACGAGCGAAAUAUCUGGUAUAUUACUUUAUUAUAUACAUACUGAGAAAUACUCACCAAAAAGCUACGUCGUAAAUUUUCGUACGCAAUUAGUUCUAGCCAAUCAGAGAAGCGAACGAUGGUUUUCACACGUGAAAAGAAUGAUACCUCCAAUCAGAAUCGCGAACGAUGUUUUUUCACGUGUGAGAAAAGUGAUACGUCCAAUCAGAAGCCACAGAGGUGCGGGUUUCGCGCCAAAAUUCUCGCCUUUUAUUGCAACUUGCAGCGCCGCUUCGCACACUUUCAACGAGAAAAGUUUUACUCGAAGAGUUUUUCUCGCUAAAAAAGUGAAAAACAUUACGGUAAUGGAGAGGAAUAGAUUCAUGUGUUUUACUGUCAAUAAAGAAAACGGUAGAGAGCCGGCGAAAAAACAGCGGAAAGGGAAAAACAGAACGAGACGUAAGCUUUUGUUGUGCUUUUUGUCGGAGCUACUUUGCCUUUCAUUUAAUAAGCUUAAGCUUAUAUUAAAACCGGCCAUUUUACUUAAAUUCACUGAUUUUCAAUUGUGCAUUAAGAACAAACAGUUAAGAGUACUUAUAGUUCUUCGAUUAUCUCAUAUCCUUACCGUCAUUUAUGUUUUUAGCAAACGUUUUUACUUAAAAGCUGAUACUUCGUUUUCGUUGUCAUUUUGCGGUAAGUGUGUAGCGGCCAUUUUUAGCAUUUUUGAAGAUUUAAAGUAAAAAGGCCGCCAAAAUGAUGAAUGUCUCAGUACGUAUAUAAUAAAAACAAUACCACAUGGAAAGUGCUUUGUACGGUAUUUACGCACUCGUUGUUUUUGUAUCAGAAAUCUUACUCGUUCUCUGCGCUCACUCGUUCGAUUUCUGAUACGUCAACAACUCGUGCGUAAAUACCGUACGCCAGCAGUUUGCAUGAAGUAUUCUCUAUGUACCUUUUUCUUAGAUCAAGAGACUUCCUUCACCCUACAAAACGAACUGCAGGCAAUUGAAACUUAUGGCAGUUGAAAGAUACACAAAGGACGGCUGUGCAUUCGAGUGUUCCUCAAACUACACCAUCAAACAAUGUGGAUGCCGUGGUCCUGGAUUUCCAGGUUUAGAAUAGUUUUAAUUUCUUUAAUUUUUUUUUCUAAGCCAUUUUACUUCCGUUUGUGUGUAUGACUCAGUAAUGUGAAUGAAACACAGUAUUGCCGGUAUUAUGAACUACGGUGAUACAAAUAGUCUUACUCAGUAAAUCGACACUAUGGCUCUUGGUGUUCUUGUAGAUGACAAUGUAACCUGGAAAUCUUGCUCAUAUAUCAUUCAGAAAUCUAGGUUAACGCAGUGACAGUAAAGGAUGCCUACCCAUUGCCUCGGGUUGAUGAUUCUCUUGCAGCUUUGAGUGGUUCCCGAUGGUUCUCAACUAUGGAUCUUGCUUCAGGUUAUUGGCAAGUGGCAAGAGAUGCGGGCACCCAGGAGACGGCAGCAUUCGUAACUUCGAGCGGCCUGUUUGAAGCACCCAGCACCUUUGCCAGAUUGAUGGAACUUGUUUUGAAGGGCCUACAUUGGAAGAUUUGUUUGACCUAUCUUGAUGAUGUGAUAGUUAUGAGACGCACGUUUGAAGAAGAAUUAGAACGGUUGAAAGAGGUGUUCGAGCGACUAGCUAGGGCAGGACUACAACUUAAGCCAAAGAAGUGUUUUCUCUUCCAGAAACGGGUUUCGUACCUCGUACGUGUGGUCACGGACGAAGGCAUUGCUGCAAACCCUGAAAAGGUGGAGCGAGUUCGCACCUGGCCCACCCCAGAAAACAGCACGAAGGUCAAAAGUUUCCUUGGACUUGCCUCUUAUUACCGCCGAUUCAUCCCUGAUUUCUCGACCAUAGCUAAGCCGUUGUACAAGCUAACGGAAGCCAAGGCGGAAUUUGCUUGGACAGAGCAAUGUCAGCUGGCUUUUGACAGGCUGAAGGGUUUACUUACGUCCGGUAGAGUCCUAGCCUACCCUACUAGGGAGGAAAAGUUUGUGCUAGACACAGAUGCGUCAGACCAUGGCAUUGGGGCAGUGUUGUCAGAGUUUCAGGACGGGGUGGAAAAACCCAUUGCGUUUGCAAGUCGGACAUUGUCCAAGUCUGAAAGGAACUAUUGUGUGACCCGUCGUGAGCUCUUGGCAAUCGUUGAGUUUGUUAAGCAACACCGGCAUUACCUACAAGGUACAAGAUUCUGCAUUCGAACUAAUCAUGCCCCUUUGCGUUUUGUUGUCCAGGCCAAAGAUCCCGAGUCACAACUUGCACGGUGGAUGGAUUACUUGAGUACUUUCGACUGCGAGAUCCAGUACCUACCAGGACAGCGACAUCUGAAUGCUGAUGCACUUUCCCGUAGACCCUGUGAUGUCCGUUGUAAGUGGUUUAAGGGUUGGAAGUCACAGGAGCGAGCGUCAUUUGUUGAUGUGGGUGUUCAGACUGUGAUGCAUGUCCCUUGCCAGGACAACGAACAACCUGUGAAUUAUGAAGAACCUGCUGGUGCUCUUUGUGCCACUGUCAAGUUAGAACCAACCUGGAGUUCAACUUUCUUGAGGGAACAACAGGAAGCUGACUUUGAUCUCAAGGUUAUUAUUGGUUAGAAGGAAGCCGGCAGAGAAAAACCAUUGUGGGAAGAUGUGUCGCCUCAGAGUUGUGCUGUGAAGACCUUGUGGUCACAGUGGGACCAGCUGCUCUUCAGAAACCGUGUACUUUGCCGCAAAUGGGAAAGUGACGGAGGUGAUCAGAUUAUUGACCAGGUCAUUCUUCCCGAGAGUCUUCGACAGGCUGCCCUUGAUGCUCAUCAUAGUCAUACGACUGCAAGUCAUCGUGGUAUACGGAAGGACCCUAGGCGCUCUUCAAUCUCGUUUUUACUGGCCAGGACUUACUUCAGCAGUUCACAGAUUGGUCACCAGGUGCCAUGUCCGUGGGUCUAAGAAAGCUUGGGGACGCAAACGUCGUGUUCCGUUAAAGCAGUACGUGGUGGGAGCUCCCAUGGAACGAAUUGCGAUUGACAUUCUUGGCCCACUGCCAGAAACCCCGCGAAAGAACAAGUUUAUACUUGUGGUUAGUGACUAUUUCACUAAAUGGACAGAGAGUUAUCCAAUACCCAACCAGGAGGCCACCGCUGUUGCAGAGAAGCUUGUGAGCGAGUUCAUUUGUCGCUUCGGUGUACCCCGUCAGCUUCAUAGCGACCAAGGAACUAACUUUGAGUCAAAGGUGUUUGUUGAAGUCUGCAGGCUGUUAGACAUUGAGAAGACCCGCACCACUCCACUGCAUCCCCAGUCUGACGGACAGGUGGAGCGUUUUAACAGGACCCUCACUGAAAUGUUACGUGGGAAGAUCCAGCAAGACCAGACAGACUGGGAUCUACAACUUCCAACUUGCAUGAUGGCCUAUCGAGGUGCUGUUCAUGUGUCAACCGGGGUUUCACCUAACCUCUUGAUGUUGGGUAGGGAACUGGAGGUUCCCCUGGAUGUCAUAACUGAGAGACCACUUGAUGCAUCACCACUCAAGACGGUCUAUGCACAAGCUGUUCAAAAGAGAUUGGCUAGUGCGCAUGAUUUGGCCAGGCGUCAUUUGAAUAAGGCAGCUAUACGGCAGAAGCGGAACUACGACAAACGGCUUUCCGGUAGACCAUUUGUUAUUGUUUUUCUGUUUGGCUGCAUAACGUUUGGAGGAAGAAGGGGAGAAACGCCAAACUUGACUGUCCUUGGGAAGGACCCUAUCUUGUAAUAUCGGUGCUAUCGGAUGUGGUGUACCGUAUUCAGAAGAGCCGAAAGGCCAAGCCUAAGGUCGUUCACUUAGACAGAUUAAAGCCUUACCUGGGACCCCCACUGGAGAGAUGGAUUCCGAGAAAGCAGACGCGGUUAUCGAGCCCAAGAGAAGAGGGGAGACAGACAUCGGUUGUGGAUUCAAAUUUCGUCGACGAGGGACAGUCAGCUCCGGUUAACGCGAGAGAGAGUUGAGCGCGACGAGACGGAAUCUACAGAAGAAGACAAGGAUGAUGUUUCCACGAGACUCCAGAAUGUUGAUUUCAUUGGAGAUGAUGACGGUGACAAGCUUGAGAAUGUGAGGAAACCUGAGCCUCGUCCGAAAUUGACAACCUCUGUUGCACAUGACCUCAACCAGGCGGGUGUCGGCUGUCAAACAGCUGAGUCGACUGUACAAGGUUUACCUGGGAUUGAUUCAAGUGUUUGUGGGAGACCGUCAAGGCAGCGAAAGNUAGACAGAUUAAAGCCUUACCUGGGACCCCCACUGGAGAGAUGGAUUCCGAGAAAGCAGACGCGGUUAUCGAGCCCAAGAGAAGAGGGGAGACAGACAUCGGUUGUGGAUUCAAAUUUCGUCGACGAGGGACAGUCAGCUCCGGUUAACGCGAGAGAGAGUUGAGCGCGACGAGACGGAAUCUACAGAAGAAGACAAGGAUGAUGUUUCCACGAGACUCCAGAAUGUUGAUUUCAUUGGAGAUGAUGACGGUGACAAGCUUGAGAAUGUGAGGAAACCUGAGCCUCGUCCGAAAUUGACAACCUCUGUUGCACAUGACCUCAACCAGGCGGGUGUCGGCUGUCAAACAGCUGAGUCGACUGUACAAGGUUUACCUGGGAUUGAUUCAAGUGUUUGUGGGAGACCGUCAAGGCAGCGAAAGCCACCAUGUCGAUUCGGAACUUGGGUGACUGAUUAACCUGAAUGUUCAGGGACUGAUAAGAAUUAUAGGACAGUCUAGGCAACUAGACAAGUAUACGCUAAUGCCUUUCAUUACCUAAGAACUGUAGACGCUUGGCACGUUGAUGAACGAACAUUUGAGACUUGAUCUGUUUCGUCUAAUUGAAGUUGUUUUCGGAAACUAUCUGUGAAAUAGUGGACCAGCAGUGGGACAGUGCUUAAGUAGGGGGGGGAGUAGUGUGGCGCGAGGCAAACCCCGCGGGUACCCCUCUAAGUAAGUCACGUGACAUGGCGUAAUAACCAUGUGCGAAGAAAUGAUUGUGAGACUAGUUGAGUAGCAGAUUAAACAUGUGUUGUUCUCUUAACGCCAUGUUUUAACCGGGAAUCGUGGCGUUACAGUAUUUUGAUCAUUGUUAGGUAGUUAGUUUUUCAGUCAGUUAAUAGGUUAGCAACCUCAACCAACGUUCGUUCUUUCUCCUUUUUUUUUGUUUGUUUUUUUUACCACGCAUAUGUCUUUUUUUCUUCUAGCUGAAUAUAUACUAUAUAUUUUAUAUUUUCUUAGCAAACGUAGAGCCUAUUUUUAUGGAAAUGCUGUUAAUAAACCAUCAUUUAUUAUUAUUAUUGUUAUUAUUAUUAGUAGUAGUAGUAGUAUUAUUACUAGUGAUACCGGUAAAUUAAAGUAAAUUAUUAUUAUUUUACACUACAUAAAGCUUCGAGUUUAAACCUUAAAAUAAUUUGAUCAAAAAGGGUUAGCUUUUUCGUCUUUAAAGAUCAAUGGUAUAUAAUUGUUCCCGUUAAGUUUUGAUUUGCGUGAAAUCGGGAAUUUUGGGCAUUAUUUUCAUUGAAAAGGCAAGUUGCUUUGCAACAACGAGAUAGUGAACGGAAAAUUAAAGUAUUGACUUGUUUUCUUGUAAUUUCUCUAAUUUAUCUCAUUGAGUUGUUUUCCUUUAAGGUCCAAAGACGGUACCGCUGUGUUCGACUCGGGACUAUGAUUGUAUUAGGCGAUCUAGAGGUAAAAACUACAGUUCAUUCUAUGUCACUCGGCUACUAAUAAAUCCUUCAGUCUUUUUUAUUGUUGUGGAAAACUACGAGACUUUCAUGUAUAAAAUCUAACUGAGAUUGACGUAAAAAAAAUAGAACACUAAUUAUAUAAACUAAGACAAAAUAAAAAAUAGCCCUCAUAAUAAAAAUCCGAUCAUCGACCUGCAAUCAACUGUUUAACUCUGAAAAAAGCAUUCUAGGCAAUUCAAGGCAAGCAUUCUGGUGUUUAUAUAGUCACUGACCGUUCUCCUGGCACUCAAAAAUCCAUCCCCAUCCGACUGAAAUUCUCCUUUACGGAAUCUUUAGCAUCGAAAACUGAAAACUGUUAAUUGAUGAUUGACGUCACUCUGCCAAGAGCAAAAUUGAGCAAAAGUUUAUUAGCGGCCGAAAAUAAUGUGGCACUUUUUCUCCUCUAGCCUCGCUCGUCUAAAAAUUUAGACAAUGCCAAACUUAUCGGCCAAUCAUUUAAUCAAUUAUUAGGACAGAGUGACGUCACAGAAGUCGUUCCUGAAUGCUAAAGCUUGUUUAAAUUUCACUAUCUUCAAGUUGAAGUUUCGUUUGAAUGGAAUUUUACUCAAAGGAGCAGGAAAUAGCAAGCCGCAUACAAAACAAAUUGACAUCUGUCUCUUUUGAAUAAAGGAAGUGGCUAGUGUCCUUUCUAGAAUGACCUUGUGUUUUGAGUUCUUGAUAUUCGUUCUCAGUUAAAACCGUGACCAGAGAGCAGUAAUCCUUUUUUGGGAAUAUGGUUUUUGUCAUUAUAUGAGAUAACGGAGCCAGUCUAAUAAAGGAUUCUACUAGGCACCACAUUUGCUUCUACGAUCAUGGUUGAUGGAGCAAUUUUCUAACACCAAAAGCCAUGAUUAUGGCUCUUGCUAACACUUACUGCUUUCAAGUGUAAUCAAAAGAUGACGAGUGAAAUUAGGGGAUCAUUUCUUGACUAUACCUAUUUAUAUCACGGGUGAAAAAUUACGCUCGUAAUCGUUAUUACUAUUUCGGGGGGGGGAAGGGCCGAGUCAGGCUACAGUAACUGAGAAUAAGCAGUCACAAACUUAGGAUUGAGACAGGUAGAUACGACAAUAUACCACGUGACGAAAGGUUAUGCAAUCUCUGCAAUUGUAACAGAAUUGAAGAUGAAACUCACUUUUUAUUAGAUUGUCCAAGGUUUUCUUCGAUAAGAGAUAUGUUCUUCUCUAAACUAGAACCUAAAAUACCGUUUCUACGACUACAAUCACAUGAGUCCUUAUUAUCACAUCUGAUGAUAUCUACUGACUAUUUUAUUAACAUCCAGUUAAUUUCAUUUAUAUCAACUUGCUUUGAAUUGAUAGACAAACUUAUCUCCGGAAUAAUUAAUCCUACCGAUGGUUAAAAAAAAACAAUGAUUAAUACGUUUCAAAUUAUUUCAAAUAUUUAAUUUACAAGGAAUCAAUGAUUAAUUUCAAGUAGCUUUUGCAAUACUGUAAUACUUUGUUAUGGUAAUGCAAAUCAAACUUAUUGUUGUUAUUGUUGUUAAACUGCGCAUCAAUUUGGGCUUAAUAAGUUCACAAUUAUCUUAAAUUUUCGACGAAAAACCUGUUAGAUCUCUUUCCUGUGUUUAAGUUUUCUAAAGCGUCUUUUAAUGCCCUGGCAUCUUCAUUCACAACAUUUUAAAACCGUUAAACGCCAUCUUGGCGCUGAGACAAACUUUCAGAUGUCAAAUUAUAAAUUAACCGUGAAAUUUCUCGCCAUAAUUAAAGAGUCAUUUGUCACUCAUGAUAAUAGGAAGGGUGUACUGUUCAUUAUAAUAAUAACAUUAUAAUAAUAACAUUAUAAUAAUAAUAAUAAUAAUAAUAAUAAUAAUAACAACAACAACAAUAAUAAUAACAAUCUUUAUACAGGAAGCUCACUUCACAAAGAGUGAUAUUCAUUGAGGCCCUGCAAAACAAUAGAAAAAAUAGAUGAUCUUAGAUAAAUGAAUGCGUAAUAGUAAUAAUAAGUAAAAAGUUAAGAACUAAAAACCUAUUAAAUUAUGCAAGCUUCAGGUCAAAAAUGUUAAAAUGUCAGGUAGAUUAAAAUAUUAAAAGCUAUAAAUUAUCUAAAAUAUAUAGCUUAUAUUUUUAGUCAUCAAUUGUAGAAAGUUUGGGAUCUAUUACACCUCUUGUUUAUUUUCAGAUCAGUUUAAUAUAACGUCAUGUUCCAGCUGCAGCAACGCAUGCUCCGAACUGGAAUACGAACCACGUGUUUCCUAUUCCAAAUUCCCGGAUGUUUCAAUAGCUAACAUUUUACAUCAUUACUUUCAUAAAACAGAGAGUCUCAAAUAUAUGCAGUAAGUUGUUAUUACAAGCACCUUUAUAAGAAGCCAUGGAUCAAUUUUGGUUACUGGGAAACUUCCCACCUACCCCUCCCCUAAGCCAUCCUUUUGCCUAAAGUAAGGCGUAGGUGUUGAUGUUAGCUUAGGGGAGGGGUAGGUGGGCAGUUUCCCACAAACCUAAAUUGAUUUAGGGAGUAUUGUGUUUAUGAUUUUAACAACUUACCCAAUUAUGUAUUACGAUUAGAGGAAGGGUGAAAGAAGUAGCAAAAUUUUAACCUCAUGGCAUAAACAAAAUUGAGCGUUAAAAUUCUCAAAGCCACUGCAGUAUUUGUCAGUCAGACUCGUAUGUUAUGACUUUGUGCUUUUCACUCUCCCGAGAUUGUCCCUCACAGUCCCGACACUUUAAAAAUCAGUUGCAAAUUAUAGCAAUUAGUAUAAAUUGUAAUCACUAUCUGUCUUUUCAUUGGCUAAGAGCCUACAGUUAAUCUUAAAAAUCAGUGCAACCUACAGUUUAGUUAGUUAUCUGUUAGCAGCUUACCGAAAAAUCUGUAAGUUGUGCGCGCAGUGCAUGAUUUCCAAGAGCAAUGUCAAACUGUGUUCCAUGCGAUGCUGUGUUUAUCCUUAUUUUCUUUAAAACAGUGAGUAAUUAAACAGUUAUUAGAUUCGGUUUUUGUGGUAUCAGGAAUAAUCAAGGUCUCAGUAAGUGUCUGAUCAGUACUUUCUAACCUUGAUUAUUCCAGAUAUCACAAAAACGUCAUCCACUAUCAGCCCACUAUCAAUCCACUGAUUAUGAUGCAACGAACAGUUCCAAAUAUCGUCAAAGUACCCACUUAUUCAUCUUUUUUUACACAUUCUAAGGGAAAACUAUGUGUUUCUUCAAGUGGGUUUUCAACGACUGUCCUACGAAAUGAGGGAAGAUGUUCCCAGCUAUGGAUCCGAGAGCCUCUUUGGUGAGUAAAGUAUCGAGAAAGAAUUAUUUCUCGAUUUUAAGUUUUUUAAGGUCAUUUUUAUCGUUAAUUUCGAGAUGAGCAGUGGCUUUACUCUUUUCUAUGUACUUGUUAAUUGGAAGCUCUCCAGAAUCUCCUUACUAAAUGAAAAUAGUGGACGGUUAAUCACAGUUUUAGUACAAAAACUCUCUUUUAUCCAGAACAGGUUCAUCGGAUAGAUUAUAUGCAUGCACUAGGCUUCGUAGCAGGCACCGGUUAUUUAAGGACGGAACAGAGGGAGAAAUUUCGCGCGCGAACGGAGGCAAAAAAGGAGGCGUGGUUCCCUGGUGUUCUAACCGAAAAAAGGAACCGACACCUGCCAUGCAGGGCUUCGCAUGCUCUAGUCAGAUCAGUACCAGACACUCAAAGACGAGAAUUACUCUUACCACUCGGCGUAGACUGUGACAGUACUAACAACAGUGUAACAAUUUUUCUCAACUUGUUGCGCUUCUGAUUGACUAGAAUUUAUUUCCGUGCUAAUUGACGACCUAGCUUUUCAGCAAGUAUCUCCUCGUAUGCAUUUGUAUAUACCCCGCUUUCUCAAAGUUUCGAAAGGUUGAUACACAAUCCUGAAAAGCUUAUCUCCAUUACAUCACACCACUAAAAAUUAAGAUUACUAACUUCCGGAGGUAGAUUCAUUUCACGUGCUAGCCUGUUCCAGGCAUAUUCAGAUAGCGGGGACGGGGCGAAAACAUAGUGAGCAGAAAAACACAGCGAGGGAACAUGGGGCUACCGAGAGUAGGUGAACGCCUGAACGUAAUAGCCUUUUAACGCGUGUGCGAACAGUCGUCCUUUCUAUCUUGUUCAUUCUUGUAAAUAAAUAAAACGCAAAACAGAGGAAAAGAAACUUUAAUAACAAAUGUUCGCGUCCGUUUCUACAAUUUCAGGUGAACUUGGUGGUAAUAUGGGCUUACUUCUCGGCUGCAGUGUAUUGACUAUCUGCGAGUUCUUCGACUUUUUGUGGGAAUCAAUUAAGUCCCGAAUAAGGCGCCCUAAUGAACAGAAUGGUGUUUCUUCGAGCGAGUUUUGACUCAAGUUGUCAAUAAUACUGUUCGACCUGUAGAUCUAACGAAAUUAAAACUAUGGACAAAACAUAAUCACCAGAACAUCAUGUUUUAUCUCAACGAUUGUUAAAUCAUCACGCCCUCCUGACUAGUUUUCAACAAGCCAUAGGUAGCAAAAUAAAGAUGUAAGAUUAUCAGUAAAUAAAGUCUGUUGUUGUUUUUGUUGCUAUUGUUGUAUAUUAUCUUUGUUGCCAGUUGAUAAAAAAUACCAGACGCAUGUUUACUGAACCGGCCUGAGUCCUGGGGCUCUCCCUCAUUUGGCCUUCACGGGUAUUCGCCGCCGAACAUAGUAUGGUUUUCGGGCAUACAAUUUAACAAUUAAUUUACGUCUUGAACGAGUUUUUUUUUCUUGACGGAAGCACUGAACAGUGUGUCAACGUUGGCUUCGCGUGGUCUACAUGUAUGGUACAAAUUAAUAAUAAUAAUAAUAAUAAUCGAUUCAUUAAUUUCUAUUGUGAAAUUAAAUUCUGGGUGCGAAAUAAAAUGAUCUAGGGUCAUAAAAAAGGUCUCUUGACUAAUACAGGGUAGCGAAGGGUUUGAAGGCGUUUUUGGCAUAUCCCAACCCCGAAAAACUCUAGUGAGCAAAUGCGACGGCUAAACACGUAUUCUGCAAAUGAAUCCAUCCUCAAGAGGCCCUGUCUAUACGAUGGAUUCCGGAUAUUCCGGAAACCGCGAAUUUUUUUACACGAAUCGGUCCCCCGUCCACACGAAACAUAGAAUCCGCCCACCUUGGCUUAGCUACAUAAUUCCGGAAAUAAUUUUUUUUUUUUGGAAUUUUACUCAUCAAAAAGAAUUUUGGAAAAUCUCGGGAAUUUUAGGGAAAAAUCGACAAAUUCGAGAAUUUUAGAGCAAUUUGAGCAUUCACCCGACAUUUUGCCAAUAUUUCACGGCAAAAUGUUGACGAAACGUUUUUUCUUGUAUUCCUACCGACCAAGAGAGGGCUCAGUCCGCUUAAAUGCUACAGCAGUGUCUAAAGCACCGUCUGCUGAGCACAACAAAUCAGCGGCUUUUCAUCAGAGUCGUCUACACUACAACUUAUCAGCGGUUAUUCACCAAAAGGGGCCCUCGCUAUAAAAAAAAAAAAGCCGAAAUUUUUUAAAAUUUUUUUUGUGAAUUUCAGUGGAUUUUUUUAUGUGAAGGAUUUGCGAUUUUGUAGACGAUAAAGACUGGGUAUUUUGGAAUUCAAUUAGGUCAAAAACCCGGCCCGGUCUUAAAAGAGCAAUUGCAAAUUCAAAAUAGCGGACAACAACCUUCUGUUUUUACUGUUUGCUGGAGCUUUUUUCCAGUCUUGUUGCUUGCAUUGAAAUCAAAAUUUCGACUUCUACCGCAACAAGAAGACAUUUUAGGAGUAAGCUAACUCUUAAUACAUCGAAAGUGGUCUAUUAGCUAUUGCUGGUGUCUUUGUUACGUCAUCAAUUCGAAACAAACUGUCAAUCUCAGCUUCGGCUUUCAGAUUGUGGAUUACGAGUGUAAAAGAAGCGAGCGCUCUCCCGGUUCUUCCAAUGUUUUUUUUUUCUUCUCCCUGUAUAUUUUUUCUCCUGCGUUCCACUAUCUGAAAGCCUGAAACUGGCUAAUUUUGAUCAGAUACAAGUCGCUUUCAAACAUUGAUGUUACUUAAACGGGGAAUGGGGGAGAAAGAACGAGCAUGGGGAGGGGGGAAAUGAAAAAUGGUAACAAAGCAGAGAACUGGAAAUGAAGUUACUGAUAGGGCUAAGGUUAGUAACAACAACAAUAUUUCUGUUUGACUUGGAGCAUUCAUGCAUAGUGAUACAUACCGGCUAAGUACACGAAACGUUUUACAAAACUCGACGUUUGCUGCAAGGUAUCUCGGAGCAAAAGCUUAAGUCCCCCAGUUCCUCGGCUCCGCUGUAUUUGUACUGAGAGCAGCGUCAAACGUCAAUAUGUAUUAAACACGUAUCACAGUACAAGGUCCCAAAAAUAGUAUUUCCCGCCUUUCGUCUUUCAAGACUCCAUUUGUCAAAUCCGGAACGCCUGUUAAGGAAAUAUCUUCAAUGGUGGGAUUAUUUUAAUUAUCUACAUAUAAUACUAGGUCAGUAGGAUAUACUGUUGCCACAACAUGGGCUACUUAAUUAUCAACUCACUACAGGACCUUUCCGCUUCGUAAAGCAAACUUUGCAAUUGCAUCAUCUUCGGGUGGAGGCCUUCAAAUAAAUUGCCAACUUCGUCCAGAUCGACAGGCAUACCGUCCUUGAUAUGUAUGAUAGCAGUGAGGAGAGCCUACUCUCACCCAGAGUAAUUUAAACUGAGCUAAAACACUUAAAAUUUGUUUUCCAUUCCUCCACUAUUUGCUAAAAACUGAAAAUUAACAAGUUGUGUUUUACUCCUCCAUCAUUGACCCGAAAGGGGGUUCGUUCGAACCCCUCGAACCCCCCCUCCUACGCGCCUUGAAAUAUAUGGAAAAGAAUCAUUGUACAACGAAACUCUCACUUUUUUCUUUGCAGUCUGUUUGGGUGGGGUUACAUUUUUCGAAAGGUUGACUGAUCCUAAGGAUACACAAAAACUAUAUCAGGCUACUAAUUAAACUAGACGUCAAUACAGUAUAGAGGACUAGAUCUUGACGCCAAAUUCCACCAAAUUAAUUGAACAAACUUGGCAUGGACUUGAUUAAUUUCACACUGUUUAUAUGUGUUUCUAUCCUUAUUUUUCUUAUACAUUGCACAAAUAUUAUCAUAAAGAGAUAUGAUAAAAAACCAAUCGGACAACGGAUUACCAAACUCAGCAUUUUGAGGAAAGCAACGAAUAAUUUUAUUUUAUUUUCCAUUGACGUGAUCCAAUAACAUUACACAACGAUAUUUCUUCUUAUAUUCUGUUCUUAUGUUUUUUCUCCUUGGUAAUGCAUCAUUAUCAUGAGACUGAAAUCAACCCAAAUAUUGAUGAAAUUGCUCAUAAUUAAAUAAACAGGUUUUUUUGGCAAGAUCAUGAAGCAGCUGUCUUGGUAGUUGAACAGACAAGCAACCAACUGUGAACCUUAACGAACUGCUUCCUCGCUGACUUUCUAACAAUCGUAACUUUCGGGCGACAUACCAAGUUUAUGUAAACUAUUUAAAUCAAACAGUAAUCGCCUACGCAGUCAGACUUUGCCUUGAAUGUUUCUGGGACAGUCGAGAAGUCUAUCCAUUAGUGUCUUAUCAGUAAGCUCGGGCGGAUUUAUGCAAAAUUCAGGUAAAGUAAUCGAUUACAGACAGUUACUUAAUCGGACUGUUGCAGACAUUUCAAAAGUGACAGCAGUCUUUGUUCUGAGUUAGCGUAGGUUCUGAGAGAUGUCAUCACUGUUGCGGGACAUGUUUUAAUUUUUUCGCGAAGCUACGUAACAGAAAAGAUUAACAUUUCAACCAAAAACCAUAACUGCACAUGUACAUGUAGUCAACAAGUUUGUUCCUUUUGCUGAUAGUGGCGAAUAAUUCGUCCGCGUUUUCUUUUUUACUUUUAUUUUUCUUAGCAGAUCACAAAACGGGUGUUGCAUAAACCUUGCACUUCAUGUUUUGCAUUUUAUAGACUGAUAUCGGUAGGCUUCUUUUUAGAUAGGAAGAAAAUUGACUGAAACGUGGCUCAUUCGAAAUUUUUCUCUGGCUUAGAAAAAAAAGUUAACAGCAAAAGUGAUGUUUUUUUUUUAUCCGAAACCUUGGACGAUGUCCAAUCUUUCUUUAACAUUUAUUGAAUUUUUUCUUAAGUUGAUUGGUUAUCUCCUCUUAACUAAAGACGAUGUUAAAACCCAUAGGCGAUUCUUACGGAUAGAUUCAACUUUUUGGUUAUAAAUCGACAAAAAUGUGGUUUCAGCCAUCAGGAGUAAAAAUAGUUUACUAAAAACGUAGUUGUAUAGAUAUCUAGUUCUGAAAGAGUCAAACAGAUUCCGUUUACCCCUAUGAGUCUAAGAAAUAUCAUUUUCAGUACAAAUACAAUUUUGAAAAGUGGAUAUGAGAAACAAGAAAACACCCCGUACUGAGAUAACCAUGAUAACGACUGAAUUAUUUAACGUAUUUAUUUAUAGCUGCUAUUUAAUCUGUUCUGAUUGUUUGAUUUUCAGGUAUGGUAAGGAAAGUGGUUGUGACGCCCAUCGAUGAUGGCUCCAAUUCCGCGAACGAAAAAAUGAAAUCAGAGAAUCGCGACUCCCACGAAUGGACAGAAUUUGCUUCCAGUACAACUCUCCACGGACUUAGACACGUCGUCCAUAGAAACCAUUCUCCUUUGAAGCGAGCUAUUUGGCUUCUGUUUCUUUUCGCCGCUGCAAGCUUGUUCAUGUUUCUUUCCGUCAUCAGCUUAAGAAAUUUUUUUUCUUUGCCGAUCAAGACAGUAUUUUCACUGGAAACACCGACUAAUGGCUUGACCUUCCCUGCCGUAACCAUUUGUAAUUUGAACAUGUUUAUGCGAUCUAAGAUUGAUGUGGCUGAUGAUGAUGAGAGGUUUUAUCAGAUGGGAUUAAACAUUAGUGGAUGCAGUGAAACUCGCAGUGUUCGCGGAAACCUCACCUGUGGCCAGGCUCUUUUGUGUGCCUAUGGGUGGUUUGGACCGGCUUUGGUAAAAGGCUGCAAUGGAUCAACUCAAAAGAAAAUAAUAAAUGUUCUGAAUCGGUCAUCAGAACGUUUGUACAAUGAAGAGGAAUUUCUUACCAGAUAUGGCCAUGAAAUGCGUAGCAUGUUGGUCCUUUAUUGCCGUUUCAAAUCAAAAAUCAGAUGUUCUUAUAAGGACUUUGUUCCGCACCUGACUCAACAAGGGCUCUGCUUCACUUUUAACUCGGGUUUAAAUGACAUUCCAUUGCAUCAUACAACUUAUGAAGGUGCUGAUUCUGGUCUUAGCAUUAUACUCGAUGUUCAAACCAAAGAGAGCACAUUGAACGAAUUCUCUACUGGUUUGAAAGUGAUUGUGCACGAACAAAAUACAUUUAUCAAUCGCUAUGACGGCUUCAAUGUCUUACCUGGCACCCAUGCGUCUGCCUUAAUCAAGCUUACAAAGGUGAGUUACUGAUCAUGACCCGAGAGUACUCGUUGGAAUUCUUGAUGGGGCUGUACCUCCCGGUUCUCUAAAUCCUCGCCCUAUUACAGACCAAAAAAUGUGAUUAUUUACACCCGUUUUCAGACCAGGCCUUUAAAAUCCAUAGGCAGAAAUUAUAUCAUCAUUACUUAGUUUAGACAUAUUACUCUUUCUUAUUUAUUUGGAAUGGAAACGACAAAUACGUUCGCACACUCCCGUAGCUCCCUCAAAAACAGUACCUGAUUCCAGACCACAGUAGGCAACAUCUAUACCCUUUUUCAGACGGAAACGGCCGAAACUGAAAAAAUUCUCUUUGGUAUAAUUUUUGCUUGGUAAUAUUCGUUGUUCAGCAUUUCGCAAAAUUAAAUUUAAACUGAUUUUGUCGAAUUUUAACUCAGUCGGGCUUUUCUGGUAUAAUGUUUGAAACCUGUUCAGUUCUGUGCGACAUACUGAACAACUAUGUGAGGUGGAUCAUUAUAUAUCAUUAACUCUCAUAAAUUAAGGAAAGACGACCACCAAUCAAAACGAGCGAAAUAGCUGAUAUAUUACUGUACCUUUUUCUUAGAUCAAGAGACUUCCUUCACCCUACAAAACGAACUGCAGACAAAUGAAACUUGCGGCAGUUGAAAGAUACACAAAGGACGGCUGUGCAUUCGAGUGUUCCUCAAACUACACCAUCAAACAAUGUGGAUGCCGUGGUCCUGGAUUUCUAGGUUUAGAAUAGUUUUGAUUUCUUUAAUUUCUUUUUUCUAAGUCAUUUUACUUCCGUUUGUAAAUAUGACUCAGUAAUGUGAAUGAAACACAGUAUUGCCGGCAAUAUGAACUACGGGGAUACAAAUAGUCUUACUCAGUAAAUCGACACUGUGGCUCUGGGUGUUCUAGAUAACAAUGUAACCUGGAAAUCUAGCUCAUAUAUCUUUAAUAGCCACUAAAAUGUCUAAAUCUAUAGGUAUCAUCCAUAAAUCUAGAUUUUUUCUCUCUGCUCGCUCUCUUUGUACCUUGUAUAAUUCAACGAUCCUUCCGUAUAUAUAUAUUAUUGCAAUCUAGUUUGGAGAUGUGACCUACAAAUCUUAUCUUAAAAGGGCAGCGUUCCUUUACAAGAAGUGGGCACUAAGAAUAUGUAGUAAGCAAAUCUACUAGGUACGAUGCCCAUACUGGCCCGAUCUUCUAGGAGCAAAAGCUCUUUUCAAGAAAUGUCAAGAUUUCUACUGGUUUCAAUAAGGCCUUUUUAUGUUUUCUUUUAAGAAUUAUCAUUCGGGCCCUUAAAAUUCAAUAACCUUUCUUUUCAGUGAGCAACCAAAUGCAUAAUUAAAGUACAAGGUUAGGUCCAACUCCCUACCUGCCCAAAUCAAAUCUUGCACAAAUUUUGGGUCUUUUUUCCCAACAAACCGACAUGGCUGAAAAACGUACUACACAUGUCCGUGACAUCACUUGCAAUUGUUUACUUGUCUAGCCCGUGCGCUAAGUACUCGUGCAAAGUAAAAUUCUUGCAUCUGAGACCAUUUUAUCCUCAACCAUCGGUUAAACUCAUAUUUGUGAAUGCCAACGAAGGAGAAAUUCUACGAAUACGUUAGAAAUGCAACUCAUGGAAAGAAAUGUUACGUAAUCUAGGGAUCAAUGAAAAUGUUUUUGACCGUCCCGUCGAGGUUUUUCAUUGUUUUGAUGCAUCGUCAGUAAGUUUGCAGAAAGACGACUGAGAAAUGAAAAAAGAGCAAUGUGCUGGAGUUUGGGCGACUUUUCUUCGAUGGUAUGUAAACGAUUUACUUAAACAUUACUUUAUUCUGGUUAAGGAGUAGCAAAUCUUUGUAAUGUAGCCGAGCGAAAACAGUUUUUGACCGUUUCUUGGUGGCAAGAAAGCCGGCUUUGAGUGCGAUGAUACCAUCAGACACAAGAAGUCAUGAAAAAGUCGUAAACUUAGUCACAAGUUUUAGUGCGAUCAAAGAAGCUUUUUCGUACAUAUAGCUCUAUCCGGCUUACAGGCGCUGGUCGAGCUGUAGAAUCAGUAUUUAUUCGGUUAAGUUUGUUUAAAAUUUAAUUUGCAUCUUUAAUCUUAUUAAUGAAUAAACUUUUAAAGUUUAAAGCUGUUGAAGUUUUGAGAAACAAUCACAAGUUGGCUCAGCUCUAUGUGAGUUUUCGUAUUAACUAUAAGUUUUCCCAUUUAUGACAGGUUUGAAUGAAGCAGAAGAAUCAAGGAAUGAAUAUCUAGACUUUCAAGAGAAAAAUAAAUGAAAGUUUAUAAAGAGUCAGAUUGUGCUUCUCCUUGUAAAGAGAACUUCAAGUCAUUGAUACUUUUACCAGCAGGCAUCGACCGUAUUACUUACCCAUUUACUCUUCUCAACAUUAAUUUUGCCUGUUGUUAUAUACAAAAAUUUAUAAUAGCUCUUUUGAGCUGAGCUAAGAAUGAGUCAUAAAGGGAAAGAAAAAAGAGUUCGAAAGUGUGUUCUUACAGUUCUUAUAGUGAAACCAAGUGAGAUAUAACAAGAGAAAUAACUAAAAGACGAUCAUUCAAGGAAUAACAAAGAUAAAUAAAAUGUACCUUUAAUGCUGACACUGAUAUGAUGACCGGACGAUUUCUUAGAACUGAUAACAUGUUGAUAGUCUGUACUUUCAUUUCUGUUUAGGCUUGAAAAUGUACACAUUCGGAUGAAAGAACUGUUUUCGGCUUCCUCUGUGCAUCUUCUUUUGUUCAUAGCAAAAAACGGAAGAAAAAUUACGACGGUGGAAACGAGAAUUCAAUAAAGUAUGAAAUAAUCUACCUUUAGUUUGAAUGGGAGCCUUGAAUAUUCAGAAUCCACCUUAAAAAUCGCCAAAAUGUGAGGAUGUUUUGAAAGUCCUAUGCAAACGAUACUAGUUUAGAUCCCAGACCUCUCCCGUAUCUGUACAUGCGCAGACGUUGUUCAGCUCUGUCCAACAAACCUUCAGUGUUUUAAAGUAGCCUGUGUUCAGACCCCCCCCCCACCCCCCCGCCUUCCCAUCCCCCUCCACUCAGGCUAUUUUAAAAUAGCGAAGACAAGUGUACUAAAAUGUAAUAGUUCCAAAUACAGUAUUUUGAUCAUUGUUAGGUAGUUAGUUUUUUAGUCAGUUAAUAAGUUAGCAUCGUUUUUUUUUUUCUUCUUUUUUUCUUUUUUUUGUUUUACCACGCAUAAUUUUUUUUUUCUUCCCCCCCCGCCUCCCCCUCCCCCUCCCCCCACGCUAUUUUAAAAUAGCGAAGCCAACUUUCCUAACCCCUCCCCCCCCCAACCCCCCCAUCUUCACCCUUUUUAGGUAGUUAGUUUUUCAUUCAUUUAAUAAGUUAGCUUCGUUUUUUUUUUUCUUUUUUUUUUCUUUUUUUUUUUUUACCACUCUUAUUUUUUUUUUCUAGCUGAAUAUAUAAUACAUAUUUUAUCAGCAGACGUCAAGAGCCUAUUUUUAUGCAAAUGCUGUUAAUAAACCUUCAUCAUCAUCAUCAUCAUCAUUAUUAUUAUUAUUAUUAUUAUUAUUAUUAUUAUUAUUAUUAUUAUUAUCUCUUUUAUCGCAGUCUUUGCUGGUGUCCUUUUUGUGCAUCAGCCGGGAGCAAACCAUGCAUCUAGAGCGUCAGUCACUCAAAUGACUCAAAUCAAUCAUUCUGUUCAUACACUGAGCACCUUUCUGAGGAUUCGAUCCCAGCAUACAGAUCUUUUGAAUCUCUGUCAUAGUAGCUCUCUCUGAUACUUUCUUGAUGUUUUCUCUAAUUUAUCUGAUUGAAUUGUUUUUUUUAAAGGUCCAAAGACAGUACCGCUGUGUUCGACUCGGGACUCUGAUUGUGUUACGCGAUCUAAAGGUAAAAACUACAGUUCAUUCUAUGUUACUCGGUUACUAAUAAAUCCUUCAGUCUUUUUAAUUGUUUUGGAAAACUACGAGACUUUCAUGUAUAAAAUGUAACUGAGAUUGACGUAAACAAAUGAACACACAUUAUAUAAACUAAGACAAAAUAAAAAAUAGCGCUCAUAAUAAAAAUCCGGCCAACGACCUGCAAUCAACUCUUUACUUCUGAAAAAAGCAUUGGUGUUCAUAUAGUCACUGACCGUUCUCCUGGGACUUAAAAAUCCAUCCCCAGCCGACUGAAAUUCCCCGUUACGGAAUGUUACCAUCGAAAACUGAAAACAGUUAAUUGAUGAUUGACGUCACUCUGUCAAGAGCAAAAUUGCGGAAAAGUUUAUAAGCGGUCGAAAAUAAUGUGGCACUUUUUUUCCUCUAGUCUCGCUCGUCUAAAAAUUGGACAAUGCCAAACUUAUCCGGGGGGCCAAUCAUUUUAAGCUUCUCGCAGAUUUCAUUAGGACAGAGUGACGUCACAGAAGUCGUUCCUUAAUGCGAAAGCUUGUUUAAAUUUCACUAUCUUCAAGUUUAAGUUUCGCUUGAAUGGAAUUUUACUCAAAGGCGAAGGAAAUAGUAAGCAUACCAAACAAAUUGACACUGUCUCGUUUGAAUAAAGAAAGUGGCUAGUGUCCUUUCUACAAUGACCUUGUCUUUUGAGAUCUUGAUAUUCGCUUUCAGCAAGGGAGGAUAAAGGGGACAGAGAAGGCAUCCCCCAUACACACCCUAUUCCAUAGGUAAUUCGUCUCGAGUUAUUUUUAAGACCACAGAUCCCGAGGGGGAUUAGAUAACAGCCAAUCACAUAGCGCGAAUGUGUUCCGCGUGGAUGACCCACCCUCAGAGCCACGCGUCCUUCACGAUAUUGACACUGAAAAAAAUGGCGGAAGACGCGGAGAACGAUAUUGUUAUUCGUUUUGUCGACGAAAACGACUAAAGCGAGAUUUCUUCUGCUAAAGCUGUGUCAGCGAAACGGAAAUUAAAAAAUAAUCGCUAUUCCUGUCUUGUAUAGAGCUAACAGUACAGCAGGGAAAUCCUUAAGACACACUGAAUAUUCUCUCAGGAUCAUUUAUAAUUUACAGUUUGAAGAGAGCAAUUUCUGGUUUGAUAUUUAUUCUUUUAUAAGUUUUUUUUAUUAUUCAACAAAAACAACACUUGGCGUCGUACUUGCUUUAUCGUACAAACGACCGGUUUCAAUAGACCGGCGAAAUUUCUCAUUUUAUUAAAGCAAAGAGGUUACGACAACUUCGAGUUAAACUGAUUUCACGGGUUGUCAAAAAGUCCAUCGAUUCCCUUUUCCCAGGUGAGCGCCGACUCCUUUCGCUUCAAAAUUCAGAAAUGCUCUCAAUCUCUUUACGCUUCCAUUGCCUUUCGUCCGACCUGUUUUGCACGGCGUUUAGUCAUGCGAAACCUCCACGAAACAUCCACGCAGCGCGCGAGGUAACUUUAUCCCGAUUCUAAAAGUUACUCGAGAGAAUUACCUAUGGAAUAGCGUGUGUAUGGGGGAUGCCUUCUCUUUCCUUUUUAUCCUCUCUUGCUCUCAGUUAAAACCGUGACCACAGAGCAGUAAUCCUUUUUUUGGGAAAAAGGUUUUUGUCAUUAUAUGAGAUAACGGAGCCAGUGUAUCAAAGGAUUCUACUAGCGACCACAUUUGCUUCUACGAUCAUGGUUGAUGGAGCAAUUUCCUAACACCAAAAACCAUGAUUAUGGCUCUUGCUAACACUUGCUGUACUGCUUUCAAGUGUAAUCAAAAGAUGACGAGUGAAAUUAGGGGAUCAUUUCUUGACUAUACCUAUUAAUAUCAUGGGUGACAAAUUACGUUCGUAAUCGUUAUUAUUACUUCUGGUGGGGGGGGGUGGGGGGAGCGAUAUAAGUUAGGCAACACAUGGAAAAUUUUAGAGGAUCAAUUUGGGUUUAAUAAGUUCACAAUUAUCUUAAAUUUUCGACGACAAACCUGUUAGAUCUCUUUCCUGUCUUUAAGUUUUCUAAAUCGUCUUUUAAUGCGCUGGCAUCUUCAUUCACAACAUUUUAAAACCGUAACGCCAUCUUGGCGCUGAGACAAACUUUCAGAUGUCAAAUUAUAAAUUAACCGUGAAAUUUCUUGCCAUAAUUAAAGAGUCAUUUGUCACUCAUGAUAUUAAGAAGAGUGUACUAUAUAUUAUAAUAAUUAUAAUAAUAAUAAUAAUAAUAAUAAUGAUAAUAACAAUAAUAAUAACAAUCUUUAUACAGCGAGCUUACUUCACAAAGAGGGAUAUUCAUUGAGGCCCUGUAAAACAAUAGAAAAAAUAGAGGAUCUUAGAUAAAUGAAUGCGUAAUAGUAAUAAUAAGUAAAAAGUUAAGAACUAAAAACCUAUUAAAUUAUACAAGGUAGAGGUUACAAACGUUAAAAUGGCCGAUAGAUUAAAAUAUUAAAAGCUAUAAAUUAUCUAAAAUAUAUAGCUUAUAUUUUUAGUUAUCAGUUGUAGAAAGUUUGGGAUCUAUUACACCUCUUGUUUAUUUUCAGAUCAGUUUAAUAUAACGUCAUGUUCCAGCUGCAGCAACGCAUGCUCCGAACUGGAAUACGAACCACGUGUUUCCUAUUCCAAAUUCCCGGAUGUUUCAAUAGCUACCAUUUUCCAACAUUACUUUCACAGAACAGAGAGUCUCAAAUAUAUGCAGUAAGUUGUUAUUAAAAGCACCUUUAUUAGAAGCCAUGGAUCAGUUUUUGGAAACUUCCCACCUACCCCUCCCCUAAGCCAUCCUUUUGCCCAAAGUAAGGCGUAGGUGUUGAUGUUAGCUUAGGGGAGGGGUAGGUGGGCAGUUUCCCACAAACCUAAAUUGAUUUAGGGAGUAUGUGUUUAUGAUUUUAAUAUUUUACCAAUUAUGUAUUACGAUUAGAGGAAGGGUGAAAGAAGUAGCAAAAUUUUAACCUCAAAUGGCAUAAACAAAAUUAAGCGUUAAAAUUCUCAAAGCCACUGCAAUAUUUGUCAGUCAGACUUGUAUGUUAUGACUUUGUGUUUUUCACUCUCCCGAGAUUGUCCCUCACAGCAGUCCCGACACUUUAAAAUUCAGUUGCAAAUUAUAGCAAUUAGUAUAAAUUGUAAUCACUAUCUGUCUUUUUAUUGGCUAAGAGCCUACAGUAAAUUUUAGAAAUCAGCGCAAUCUACAGUUUAUUAGUUAGUUAUCUGUUAGCAGCUCACUGAAAAAUCUGUAGGUUGUGCGCGAAGUGCAUGAUUUCCAAGAGCAAUGUCAAACUGUGUUCCAUGCGAUGCUGUGUUUAUCCUUAUUUUGUUUAAAACAGUGAGUAAUAAAACAAUUACGUAUUAGAUUCAGUUUUUGUGAUAUCCGGAAUAAUCAAGGUCUCAGUAAGUGUCUGAUCAGUACUUUCUAACCUUGAUUAUUCCAGAUAUCACAAAAACGUCAUCCACUAUCAGCCCACUAUCAAUCCACUGAUGAGACCAUAAGAUCAUAGCAACGAACAGUUCCAAAUAUCGUCAUAAUACCCACUUAUUCAUCUUUUUUUCCACAUUCUAAGGGAAAACUAUGUGUUUCUUCAAGUGGGUUUUCAACGACUGUCCUACGAAAUGAGGGAAGAUGUUCCAAGCUAUGGAGCCGAGAGCCUCUUUGGUGAGUAAAGUAUCGAGAAAGAAUUAUUUCUCGAUUUUGAGUUUUUUAAGGCCGUUUUUAUCGUUAAUUUCGAAAUGAGCAGUGGCUUUACUCUUUUCAAAUGUACUUGUUAAUUGGAAGCUCUCCAAAAUCUCCUUACUAGAUGAAAAUAGUGGACGGUUAAUCACAGUUUUAGUACAAAAACUCUCUCUUAUCCAGAACAGGUUCAUUGCGAUAGUUGAACAACAACGAAUAUCUGCAUGCACUAGGCUUCGUAGCAGGCGCCGGUUAUUUGAAGGCGGAGCAGAGGGAGAAAUUUCGCGCGCGAACGGAGGCAAAAGAGGAGGCGGGGUUCCCUGGCGUUCUAACCGAAAAAAGGAACCGACACCUGCCAUGCAGGGCUUCCCAUACCUAGUCAGAUGAGUACCAGACACACAAAGACGAGAAUUACUCUUACCACUCGGCGUAGACUGUGACUGUACUAACACCAGUGUAACAAUUUUUCUAGCCUGCGUAGCAAGCGUUUCCUCGCGAGGUUCGUCUAGAAAGCUGGGACAAGAGCAAAAAAAAAAUAAAUGAUGGGGGGAGGGGGAGGGGAACGAAGGAACCGCUUGCCCGCAAAUCCCACGAUUUUGAAAAACUGCGUUCGCCCACGAACGCAGCUUCUGAUUGGCGCGGUGCGGGUAGUGUUGAUUACUUAGCAUUCGAAACGUCAAUCAAACCAGGUAUGCUUUGUUUUUGUGCGUCACAGAUCUGGUCUCAUCUGAUUUGUGGUCGCAGAUUACAAAUGCUUUGGACUGAUAUUUAUUGGAAUCGUGUUUGUGCGAAGGUUUAUGAGAUCAGAGUCUUCAAAGUAUAACUGGAGAUCGAGCAGUGGAGACUAGGGAAGGCCAAUUUAUUGAGAAUGACGGCGUGCGGAUCUGACUGGAAAAAAUGGACUGUUUGUUGGAGAUAACAUCAACAUAAAUCAGAACAUCGGUACUCGACACUAGCUAAAGCCGCCAUAGACAAGCGAUUUGUCAGCUUUUUGAAAUGAAAAGAUUCUUUUUGUUUAUUGGAAAUUUAGCGGCACCUAUUAUAGAGAACGUUUCGACACAGGCUGAAGAGCAGCCGCUCUGCAAAACUUAUACCCGGCGGAGUGAAUUGUUCCGGACAAAUCAUUUUUGACGUGUCGACAAGGUUUCAGACGAGAUAGAGCCACACAAUAAAAAAAAAGAAAUUCCUCACCAAUCGCUCAUAGUUUUAACCUUCUUUUGUCGUAAAUCUUUUUUAUUACAGUUCUUGCAAUCGCCUGCAACGUGUUCUAUUAGAGAACAAAGUAAUUUUACAAAUCUGGUAAUCCAGGGGUAAUCUGUUCGUUAUGUUUCUAUUUUAACGAGCUGUCAAUUUACAAAUGAACCGAACCGUGAAAUAGCAAGGGGCGUUUUCCAGAAUCGUGGGGUUUGCAGGCAAGCGUUUCCUCUUCUCUCUCCCCCUCCCCCUUCAACCUUUUUUUGCUUCCACUCUAACUUUCGCGCAAUAACUCGAUUGGAAACGCUUGGUACGCAGGCUACAAUUUUUCUCAACUUGUUGCGCUUCUGAUUGACUAGGAUUUAUUUCUGUGCUUACUGACGACCUAGCUUUUUAGGAAGUAUCUCGAAUCCUCGUAUGCAUGCAUAUAACCCGCUUACUCAGAGUUUCGAAAUGUUGAUACACAGUCCUGAGAAGCUUAUUAUAUCUUAUUCUAUCUAACGUCCGGCAGUGGAUUCAUUUCACGUGCUAGCCUGUUCCAGGCAUAUUCAGAUAGUGGGGACGGCGCAAAAAAAUAGUGAGCGAAAAAAACCAGGGGGGGGGGGGGCAGGUGCUGGUGAACGCCUGGAACGUACCAGGCUAUUAACGCGUGUGCGAACAGACGUCCUUUCUAUCUUGUUCAUUAUAAAACGCAUAACAAAGGAAAAGAAGCUUUAACAACAAAUGAUCGCGUCUGUUUCUACAAUUUCAGGUGAACUUGGUGGUAAUAUGGGCUUACUUCUUGGCUGCAGUGUACUGACCAUCUGCGAGUUCUUCGACUUUUUGUGGGAAUCAAUUAAGUCCCGAAUAAGGCGCCGUAAUGAACAGAAUAGUGUUUCUUCGAGCGAUUUUUGA